CUACGGCAGCGAGCGCCGAGCGUGCUGUUUUUCGUGAGGAUGGUGAAGGUACUUAAAAACUCGACACACAACUCCUAAAAAAUGCCAUCCUCCAUUUCAAGGAGUCGGCGCCAUGAUAUCCCCACAGUGAAGGCUAUCGAAUUGAUUGAAGUCGAGUUUCCAGUGUUCUCUGGAGUUAGUGCUCGCCCAAAAUCACAUCUCCCUCUCCGCUUUGGGGCUCCCUCUCAGUGACACAAGGUACGGGUGGUUCAUGCUGACUUUCUUAUAAAAUCGACAAACAUGCACCAUACGUGGAAAUAAUUGUCAAUCUCAGCUCAUUGGGAGAAAAAAGAAUCUCCCCCACACUUGUAUUUCCAGUACGGAUCCAUGCUAAUCAAAACAAUUAAGCCUAAGCACACCGAGGCAUGGUUCUAGGUGGUCACCGAUUAUCUCUCACAAAAAUUCAAACCCAAAACCAUGCCACGGUGGCUAUCAACCACCACUCAAGCAAAACAUUUCUCAUCAUUAAAAAAUUAGCACUUGGUGGGCAAAUUUCACACAUAAAAGCAAUUUGAAUUAGAACAUGCCCACCAAGGCUCAACUAAGCUCAAGCAACAUCAAUCAAUCAUUCAAUCACCCUAAUUCAACUAAUUCCUCACCCUAAUGCUAAGUUCAACAAUCAAUUCACUAAAACUCUCCUCACUUCACUACCUAAUUCGAUUCUCCCAAAAUAAAUAAGGUAGAGCUAAAAGCAAACCUGGAGACUCAAGUAGGAUGUAGGUGUAAAUGAGGUAAGGGUGAGGACGGUGAAAAUUGUCCAAAAAACAAACCGAAGAAGUUCGCCGGAGCUUCAUCGAAAGCUCGCCGGACUCUCGUCAGAGGCUCACCGACGGCGACUUCGCCGGAAAACUUGUGCUCCAAAUCUCCCCAAAAUCCCGGCGAAUGGCGCCUUUGAAGAGGGGAGAAUGGGUUUGUGCUUGGUUUUGGGUUUUGAUCGCCUGAAGUGGAUGAAAUCGCCGAAAACCAUCGGAAUUUUGCGCUUUCCGACGAGAUUUGAAAAUUUCCGGCAAUUAUUGGGUCUUGAAGUGAAGAGUCGACGUUCACGACCCUUUUAUAAGAAGACCCUUGAGUGCUUAGACGUGUUUGCCUGUUCACGGUCUUAGAGACUGUUAACACUGCAAUCCGUACGUGAACUCAGGCAUCCCGGUGGGUUUGACACACGUGGAAGCACUGAUGACUUGAUAUAUACACAUGUUUUUGUCCACCAUUCUUAUACCGUUUGAGCCUCAUUUCUCGUAUCUUAGGCCGAUUUCACGCUAGGUUGUUCUUGUUUGUGAUAUUUCAGGUUCUAGUACGUGAUUGGAGGUUUGGGAAACGUGAAAUUUUAUUACUUUAGCAUUUUCUUUACUGCAUUUUCUCUCUUCCACCUGUGUGCCUUCACGGGUUGCUUUUGGUGAUUGCGUGCAGGUAGUGCAUGACCCGUAGCCAGUCGGGAGAUUUACUACCAUUAGACCAAGAGGUUGAACGGACUUGUAGGAACUUCAAGCGGGCUUUAAUGGCGCGUCUGGCUGCGGAGGAGGCUCUAGCACAGCUGCAAAUCACCGAGGAGGAAGAAAUGGGUGAACAACAAAACAAUGGUGUGGUCAUUCUCGAGGAGCAGACCAUGGGGUACUACUGGACCGCCAGCCACAAACAUGAGGUCGCCCAUCCAACACCCUCAAGUUCCAGAAAAUAACUUUGAGGUGAGCACCUGUGUCAUCACCAUGCUGCGCGGCUCGGUGGUAUUCCGUGGCAAGGAGGGGGAGUGCCCCCGAUCACACCUGAGGCAAUUCCACGAGCUUAUCGAUGGGAUCAAGAUCAAUGGGGUCCCAGCCGAUGCCAUCCAGUUGAGGUAUUUCCCAUUUACUUUGGAGGGGCAAGCCAAGGAGUUUAUGGACACUAGGCCUCCCGGAUCGAUCACCAAGUUCGCCAACUUGGCGGACAAGUUCCUCACCCGCUACCAUCCUCCAUCAAAAACGGCGAACCUGCAGAAGCAGAUCACCCACUUUGCCCAGGAUGAAGACGAGACCAUUCGGGAUGUUUGGGAGAGAUACACCAGUAUUUUCCUCAAGUGUCCCAACCAUGGUUUUACUGACGCCUUCAAGGUUGGCAACUUCUACCAUGACCUCUUCCCAGAAGACAAGCAGCUGAUUGACUCGAUUUGCGGCGGGAAUAUGCUCACCAAGUCACCACCACAGCUGAAUCAACUCUUUGAAGAGAUGGCAGAGCAGGGAUAUGAUUGGGGAACUGCGAGGAGAUCGAUAUGAGCACUAGGGCGGGGUGUGCAUGCUGUAGCCACCUAGUCGUCUGAUUUGGUACAUGUGGUAUCUAAGCUAGUCUCAGGAAUUGAUCAUUCUGGGAUGGUCUCAGGGACAUGACAACAGCAGACGAUGCAUUGCCAGUGGUGCGAGAGCACCCAUCAUACUGUGGAAGACUGUCAGGCGAUGAGGGAGACGAUUACACCCCAAGAGCAGGUGAACUUCAUCAACAAUGCUAGGCGCAAUGACCUCUACAAUAACACGUAUAACGAGGG